CUCACAGAUAUCAAAUCUAUCUACCAUGAUACUGCUCAACUUGCCACCGAAACCAGUUCACUAACUGUUCCCAACGUAAUUUCGAAACCUCUACUAUGGGUGCUAAGUGCGUGGAUGUUGGUGAUGCAAACCCCGAUAUAGCGGGAAUUGGGAUCAUCUUGUCAUUCAGCAUCCAGGCCGGUAUUGCAAUUGUAACCUCGUUUUACUCGUUUUAUUUGGAGUGGAGGGUGGGCCCUAGAAGCAAAUCCGAAGGAGUUGCACCAUAUCAGGAGCAGCUCAAAAUCGCAAACGAAAUCCUUCUCCAAGGUGGAGAUGUUCAAGUCAUGACGGGUAUCUCAUUGCUUCUAGCCGCCAUUUCCCAGAUUGACAGCCUCCAACUGUAUCAUCUCCAUAUCGUGUAUGACACCGUUAGCUUUGUCGGAAUCUCUCUUUGCGCUUCCAUAGCAUGCUCGUUCAGCCCCGACAUGGAUGGGAAAUACAUUCGGUAUACACUGAUUGCGAUUUGGGCACUCUUGUAUCUUGCGUAUGCUUCUCUUUUCGGCACCCAACUGCAGUCAUGGAAUUAUGACAAGACGGGACAUUGCUAUAUCACUUCGAGGAUCGCUACUGCAGAUGCGUCGCACCCUUACUUCGAUACGAUUUACCUUUCGAUAACUUGCCUCUAUGUGAACAUCGCUCUUAUCUUUGCCUUCAGCGUCACUUCUAACCAGCCUAAAAUCAUGUCACAAUUACUCUGUAUGUAUCUUGCCGCACUCCAAUUUCCACUCCAUGUUUACUCUGUAUCUGCUUUACGCAAGUCGAAUGAGCCUGUCCUCAAUAGUGGCAGCUCAGAACAACAAUGGGGCUUCGGGCAAGUUGUUGCUAUGAUAUUGCUUGCCAACAAUGUCAUUGUUUUGCUGAACGGUAUUCAAGAAAGAAGAGUAAAGCUGAUGAAUCCGCCACCUCUGAGCCCGCGCUUCCAGCCAUACCAACAAUGCCGCCUCUUCAUCAUCAUCACCAAGGAAACGAGCGACGAAUUAUUUGCCUCCAUGCUUUACGUGAAAUAG